CUGUUUUUUCGUCGCUCUGGCCUCUAGUAUAUCGACUGAACAAAAUGCACAGCUGAGCCCAUUAGCUAACCUGCGAAGAUUGGCUUCAGCUUCAGUAAUUUCGAUUGAAAAUCCAGUAGUUAUCCUUCGCCUUCCGUAUAUUCGCCAGAGUAGAGGAUGUGGUGUAGGUCCAGACGUGAUUAAUCUUUAUCGUGGUAGUUCUCCUGUACUGAGGAAGAGAAGACGCUGAUUGCUCGAAGAAGAGUUCGUCGAUAUAUGACAGCGUCGCGUUUUUGGAUGUUGAGUAUAUAGAUGAACUACCUAGGUACUUAACACGACCCAUGCACAACUGCGCCGCAUGUGGUGUGCAAUAGAAGCACGUCAAAACAGGGCCAUGCGCAACCCUCGUAUGAUAUUAAGAGCUAGUAUACGGAGACGUCCAAUCGAUCUACAUCCCCCAGUAACUCUAAUCGCACCCCAAAAACUCACUCUCCUCGCCCCCACCCCACACCGAUCCAGCAUGUCAUCGCCUUCACACCUCCUAACCGUAUCUAGAAAAUCUUGCUAGCGUUCUUCAUAUUCACCCAAUCAUAUUACAUAUAAGAGAAGCACUAGGCCGAAAACUUAUAAGUUCGCUAGUCCCAUUUCAAUGCUCACUCUUCCGUUCGUAUAUGCACGGUGAGGCUGUACAUAUUGCCUGCUUUCGAUGCAGGAGUAAAGGAGUCUAUCAGAGGAAGGGUCGCAAAAGCUUAACUUCACUACAAAUUCUACUAGGUUUUCGUAUUCCAGCGUGUAAAAUCCGCAUCGCAGAAUCCGACACGCAUACCGGGGUCCGCUAA